CGGGCAGUACACACAUUUUUCCUGACCGGUCGGACCACCAGCGUUUUGCCGCCGUGUUUCACGUUACCGAAGCGCGAAGAAGGGAAAGUCAGUCUGUAAAUAUGUGACUUCACAGCCCGCGAAACAUUAGCGUUUCCACCGAGACGAGGAAGAUGGACUCUGUUGGGAAAAACACCCAGAAGAAGUUGUGGCUCCGCGGUCCUUGGUGGUCGCUCCUUGUCCAUUUGGCGUCAGGAGCUUCCUUCUAUGGUGACGGCUUUGUACAGCUCAAGGCUAGAGAGUCGUCCGACCGUAACGUGCUUCACAUUCGCUUCAGAACCUCGAGCACAAAUGGCCUGCUGUUUCUCGCCGCUGGACAGACCCACUACUUUCUACUAGAGCUCCAUGCCAGUCGCCUGCAGCUGAAAUUGGAUCUUGGAUCAGGAGAGCAGAUGCUAGAAUCAGACCGAAGCACCCAUCUCAACGAUCUGGCCUGGCACCACGUGGAAGUUCAUCACAUGCAGUUUAACAUCACUCUUACUGUUGACUCAAACUCUCACAGCAGUGUAAAGAUGCCAGGUCCCCAUUACAGUCUCAACAUAGAUAGUCUCUAUGUUGGAGGCUCAGGGGGCUUGGACAGAUCUUACCUGCUCAGAGACCCUGUCGGCUUCCGAGGCUGCAUGGAUGAUGUGUUUUUCAAUAAGCGUGACUUGCUAUCAUCACUUAGACCAUAUACUGGCUACAAGACUGUCCAUGAAGUGUCUUUAGGCUGCAGCCCCCAGUUCUUUGCCACUGAAGAGGACCCUAUCAGCUUCUUCAGUUCAAGAGCUUACAUUUCACUUCCAACCUGGAAUGCUCAGCAGGAAGCUGUAUUUGAGUGUGUUGUACACACUUCAGCUAAAGAGGGAAUUAUCCUCUACAGUUCAGCCAGAGAGGGGGAUUUUGUAGCUCUGGAGAUUCAGGAUGGUUUGCCUGUGGUCAUUUUUGGAAAAGGUGGGACCAAAAUGGAGCUUCGUUCACUCAAAUUCAUCAGUGACAGAAAAUGGCAUUCAGUCAAGUUGUAUUUCAGUUCCAAAAGCCUUGAACUAACUGUUGAUGGAGAGAUGGUGAAAAUCGCCAUUGUCUCUGGUCCAAAGGUGCUUCAGCUUGAAGGCUGUUUUGUUGGAGGAAUCGAUGAUGGCACAAGAGCUGAAGUCAAAAAGGUGGGGCUUGUCUCUGUGUCUGGAAAGCGGGCCAGGGGUGGUUCCUUCAAAGGAUGUUUAAAGAACAUUGAAGUCAACAGAGUUAAGAUGGGUCUCUUCAAUGCUGUAGUCACCAAGGAUAUCUCAGUUGGCUGUGAGCCAGAGAAAGGACCAGAACCACCAGCUGCUUUAAAUCCAACAAAUAUUCCAGGAUCCCUUUUUCACAUGAUAACGCCAACUCCAUCACUGUAUAUGUCCACCCUUGCGUGGGGCUUGGACAGAAGGUAUGGUUUCAAUUUUGUGGAGCUUAAAAACCUUGUAGUCCAAGAGGGUGGUCGAGCAUCCCUUGAAGCCAAACACAUCAAGGUUCUCUUGGACUUCAAAAAGCUUGGCAUUCGACAGUCUCAAAUUAUGUUUCGGAUUGAGGAGCAACCAGUUCACGGUCAGAUAAGGCUUGAUGUCGAUCAGGAUCAAGAGGAAAAUACCUUUGGCAUGUUGGACCUUUGGCAUGAGCGAGUGAUGUACAUCCACGGAGGCUCUGAGGAACCAGAUGACUUCUUUAUGUUUUCAAUUUUUUCUAGUAGUCGAAAGCAAGUUCCUGAUUAUUUAAAGGGCACCAAAUUGUACCGCUACAAUAUUUCAGUGACACCCACCAAUGAUGCACCUGAGUUGAGUCUCCCUCAAGGAAAUCUCUUUGUCCUCUUGGAGAACUCAAAGAAACACCUCACCACAGGUUUGAUGGCAACAGACAUUGACAGCAACUACACCGAACUUUUCUUCUCCGUGCUUGGGAACUUGAAUGCUGAUGCAGGAUACUUGGAAAUUGAAAGCAACCCAGGCAAGGCAGUGACCUCAUUUUCAUAUACAGACUUGGAGGAACUGAGGGUAUACUAUGUUCACACAGGGGCGAACUCAAGGAUAGUUCUGAGAGUUAGUGAUGGGGAAAAGGUCAACACUGUAGUUUUAAGAGUCAUGGCUGUAGCACUGGAGUAUAAAAUUGCCAACAACACAGGACUUGAGAUUGUUCAAGGAGAAACUUCUAUUAUUGGUUCAAAGCAGUUGGCUGUGCAAACAAAUGCUGUGAAACAGGUUGUAGACAUUAGGUACGAUGUCAUUGAACCACCUCAGUAUGGAGAACUCCAGAGACUUCAUUCAAGCGGUGAAUGGAGGCAUACUGACUCGUCACAAAGGCUUUUAGAAAAAGAACGCUUGAGAUAUGUUAGUACUUUCCAAGACAUCCAGACCUCUAAUGUCACUGAUUACUUUAAGUGUAAAGUUAACGUGGCUGCAAGGGAAACCACUGAAAUCCUCUUCCCAAUCACUGUGAAGUGGGUUAAGUACCACCUGGUGAGAAAUACUAUGAUAGACUUGGAUAAAUUGAGGAAAGUGACACUAAAUGCAGAGUGUCUUUUUGCCACAGCUGAAGGUGUGGCUCUCUCAGAGGAGGAUCUAUAUUUUCGGGUUCUCACUACACCAAAGAAAGGGAAAUUACUUCUCAACACCACAGUCUUAAAGAAGAACUCUACCUUUAGCCAAAGAGAUGUAACCGAUCUAAAAGUGCAUUACGAGCUAGUUGACAGACCGUACCAGGAUACAACUGACAGGUUCAAAUUUCAUCUGGUUUCCAAACAUGCUCAGUCACAGAAUUAUGAUUUUCAGUUUUCUAUUAAGGCUGAUGUUAACAGCGUGUUCAUGAGAAACGAAGGACUCUCACUUCAGGAGGGCGAAAGUAAGCUUAUCACCAAAGAUGAGCUCUUUGCAGAGACUUUGAGCACAAAGGAAAUGUUUUACACAGUUAUAAGCAGUCCAAAACAUGGAAAACUAGCCCGUAUUAGUCAGUCAAAUUCCAAUGCUAGCUAUGAUAACAUCUUAACCUUUAGUAAUAAAGAUAUUUUAGAGGAACGGAUAAUGUACAUCCAUGAUGACAGUGAAAUGACUCAAGAUGAAUUCACCUUCAUAUCCUCCACCACCCAGGGUUUUAAACCUUUUAUUGCAGAAGAUGAAAUUGGCUCCAAAGAAGGAGUUUUUAACAUAUCUAUUCAGCUACUGAAUGACCAAAAGCCAGUACGUGUUAUUGAUAAAGUUUUCCAUGUAGUAAGGGAUGGACAGAAAUUACUCACUAUAGAAGAUUUGCGAUAUAAAGAUGAGGAUUCUGACUUUGAUGAGAGCCAGUUGGUUUACACUCGACGUGGAAUCCCAAUGGGAGACCUCGUGCUGGUAAAUGACACUACUCAUCGGCUGUUCCAGUUUCGACAGAAGGAUUUGGAAGAAAAGCGAGUGUUGUUCAUUCACAAAGGUGUGAGCACCGGCCGAUUUGUACUCUUUGUCUCGGAUGGAAAACAUUUUGUAUCAGGACUUUUAGACAUCAGUGCACAUGACCCCUUCUUGAAAAUCGACAAUAACACCGGCCUGUUGGUGCAGAAGGGACAUUCAGUGCGCUUGUCCACUAGCAAUUUUAGUGUAAUGUCAAAUCUAGACAUCCGAGAUGACAAGGAGGUCAUCUUCAAGUUGGAUGAAGAUCCCAAGUAUGGAAGUCUUUAUCACAAUGGAGCAAAGGUGGUGGCGUUCACACAGGCUGACUUAAAGGCAGGGCUGAUCUCCUAUCGGCACAGUGACAGCAAACAUCUGGUAGAUUAUUUCAACUUAACAGUGAAAGCUAAAAGUCUUCAGCUCACAAGCCGGGUCAAUGUAAAGGUUUACCUGGAAAGUCAUCAGAGACCCCCCAUUGUGCAGCAUCAUGAUACUUUACUGGUGGAAGAGGGAAAACCGGCAAAGAUUGAUGAAACUAAACUAGAGGUCACCCAUGAGGACAACCUGCCAUCUGAGAUUGUGUUCACCAUAAAGGUAGCCCCAUCUCAUGGGUUUCUCAGGCGUUUUGUCGAAGCGGAGGAACGUUACAUCGGAACCAAACAGUCCCCUGUCAACACAUUUACCCAAAACGACAUCAACAGCGGGAACAUCCAGUAUGUGCAGGUGGAGCCGAACAAAGUCAGCGACACCUUCAUCCUUGAUGCUACCAACGGGGUCACUGAUGUCACUGACAUUAAAAUGUCUGUCGACAUCAUCCCCCUGCUCAUCCCUCUUCAUAUCUCCAAUUUCACACUGAACGAGGGUGCAUCCAAAGCACUGACGCAGGAUGUGCUCAAAGUUACCAACCGCCACUUUUCGGGAAUCAACUUCUUUUAUAACUUGACUCAGCCCCCGCAGCAUGGUCACAUUGAGCACUCACGACAUCCUGGUGUGCCCAUAACCACUUUCACCAGGAGGCAGGUGGAGCAUGAAUUCAUUUACUACGUGCACGACAGCAGUGAAACCUCAGCCGACAAUUUCACUCUGGUGGCCAAUGACACGAGCCUGAGGAAGCAGAGUGCAGCUCAGAUGGUGCACAUCCAGGUUAAACCUGUCAACGAUGAGCCUCCUGUUAUUACAGCCAACAGGGUCCUCAGGGUUUGGGUGUCCUCUGUGACAGAAAUCACUUUGGAGGAUCUGAGAGUGCAGGACCAAGACACCCCCCCAGAGGAACUGCAUUUCAUGGUGACUCCACCCAGCAAUGGACAUCUGGCCCUGAAGAGCGCCCCCAUGAAGGCCGUGCUCAACUUCACCCAGGCCCAUAUAGACCAGGGACAGUUGGUGUUUGUUCACAAAGGUGCUAUGUCUGGAGGAUUUAACUUCCAGGCCAAUGAUGGUGUGAACUUCACUCCCAGGCAGAUCUUCAGUAUUACUGCAAAAGCCCUCAUUCUCAGUUUAGAAAAAAAUCUACCACUAAAGGUCUUUCCAGGUUCUUCAAGACCAAUCACAAAUGAGCACUUACAAGCAGUGACCAAUGACCUGAGCAACACCUCGAACCGCCUCAUAACAUUCAGCGUGAUCCGGCAUCCUAAACUGGGGCGUCUGGCGAUGAGGCAGCCUGAUAACUCAACAGCAGAGCUCUCCACUUUCACACAAGAUAUGGUGGACAGGAAGGAGGUUUUGUACAUUCAAACUCCUGUCGAGUCAGCGGGCUGGGAAGCCACGGACUCUGUGACCUUCUCUGUAGCGUCACCACCUGCUUCAGUGGACACUCAGACCUUCAGAUUUGACAUCUCCUAUGAGAAUACUGGACCUGAACACAACACAGUCCUGCUUGCAAACACAGGUGCUGAGGUGACAGAAGGGGAGAGUGUCGUCAUUGACGAAUCCAAGCUCGAUGCCACUAACCUGAUGUCCAAGUUGCCUACUCCUCAGCGGAGCUCCUAUGAGGUGUGGUUUCAGGUGACAUCCCUGCCUCAGCAUGGCGUCAUCGUGGUGGGUGAGAGAAACCUAACCAAGGAGAAACCUAACUUCUCACAAUUCAUUGUCAAAAAAUACGGUAUCACCUACAAACACGACAACUCAGAGACGACUCAGGAUUCUUUUGUAUUCAGUGCGUGGCUUAAUCCUAAGGGGAAAACUGCGCAACGCCCUCAAGAUGACAGUGAUGUUGUUGUGGAGCGUUUUAAUAUUACAGUCAUCCCUGUGAAUGACCAGCCACCUUUGCUAAAAACCAAAGCUCCAAGUCUCAAGGUGGUACAAGGAGAUACAGUAGCCCUUGGGCCAGAGAAUCUCAACGUUGAAGACUUGGACAAUCCUCCUGAAGAUAUAAAGUUCUCUGUGAUUAGCAAGCCAAGCAAUGGUUACUUAGCUCUCGAAGGAAGCUUGAAUGAAUCAGUAGAGGCUUUUACCCAAGUGCAAAUCAAUAAAAGAAGUGUCUAUUUCGUUCAUGACGGAAGUUCCCUCUCUGGAGUAUUCUACUUCAGUGUCACAGACGGCCAUCAUAAACCAAUAUACAAACUCUUUAACCUAGAAGUGAUAGAAAUCACAAUUUCUAUGGUAAAAAAUACUGGACUGACGCUGCAACAAGGCAGGACUUCAGCAUCUCUGACAGAGGACAACCUCGCUGCUGAGACCAAUGGGAAAAAUGUCACCAUUCAUUACCAGAUUACAAGACCUCCAAACUUUGGCAAACUUUUGAGGGACAAUCGAGAAGUUGUGCAAUUUGACCAGGAAGAUCUCCAGACAGGAAAGUUGUCCUACCAUAUGAUCUCCCUUUCUUCCAUUGAAGACAGCUUUGAGUUUACCGCCUUCACUUCAGAGGCAAAUCUGACUGGACAAGUGUUUAACAUAACUGUGAAACCUUUGCUCCAGACUGGGAAAGGUUUGAGGGUUCCCAGUGGGAUUACUGUCAGAUUUAACACUAACUUUCUUGAUGCAUCUGAACUGGCUAAUAUAAGUGACAGUGACCCCGUCUUUGAAAUAAUAUCCCAUCCUAAGUGUGGGAAAGUGGUUCGACCAAACGUUAAAAUGAUCAGAAAAGCUGUCCCAGCAGAGUCCUUCACCUUUCAAGAGGUCGUGCAGGGCAAGGUAGCUUUUGAGCUGAACGCUAAUAUGACUGGUGUUGAAGAGCUAAAUGACUCAAUCGUAUUUGUUCUGAAAGCUGAUGGCAUCCAACCUGCUAAAGGGGAAUUCCACUUUACAGUUGUGCCAUAUGAGCCAGCACUUUAUCCACCCACAAAGAGUCCUGUUUCAGCCACAUCAUCUGUGCCUCAGACAGCAAUGAAGACUGCUUUGCCCGUCCUGUCUCCAGGUUUCCUCUCCACCCAGCAACCAAGCAUAAAUCAGCAAAAAUUCAGGGGACGCAACCGCUGGGGAAACUCCAACAGAACGAGCUUUUUUAGUACGACUCUGGGCAAACCAUCUCAAACAGAGGAGUUUCUCUUCAAGAACACACCAGUUCGUGUAGAGUCCUACCCUCAAAAAACGUCUAACCCCCUCCUGGUUAUCUUACCACUGCUUGCUCUGCUCCUGCUUGUAAUCAUCUUUGUGGUGCUGGUUGUCUUUCUUCGACAUAACAGGCAAAGAAAACAGAGCACUGCCGCAACACAAGAGACAACAUCCACUGAUCUUCCGAACAGUUUGUCUUACCAAGGGCAAGCCCAGAGGAGCCCAACAGUUCCCAGUGUGACUGUCACUCCUUUAAACCACACCUGCCCAGGUAGCCCAGGUAGCCCAGGUAGAUUAUUGGCACCAAACCAGGGCACAACUUAUAAUACCAUAGAUUCUAACAUGCUUAUAAGUUCUUGGAGUGAUGGUUCCCCUGCAGCAUCGUCCAUGAUUAGAACCGCCACUCCCACUCUGCAGAAGAAUCAGUACUGGGUAUGAUCUCUCACAGCCAAACUUCACGUCACAUGACCACUGACAAACUGAUGGUAAUUUGUCCACCAUUUUGGACGUGUGAUGCCACUGCUUGCACAGGAAAAAUGUGUAUUCCCCACCUGGUUAGUGAAUGAUCGCUAGCAGUCAUAAGAGACAAAGAGGUAUAUUCUGCCCCUCCAAAAAUCUCCACGUGAUUGCUUUGGUCACUCGCAGAUUUCUGACGCCAACUUGUCUGCAGACAUUCACCGGCUACUCUCUGAGCAGUAGUGAAACUGUGGAAACCGUUUGCUUUAGGAGUUUUAAAAAACAUGCACCUUUGGAAACAUGUUGGCUGAAGCUCUGAGGAACAACUUUUACACCUGGCAGCAGUCAGCAUCCUCCAUAAGCUACUCGCCAUCCAGUUGGGAAAUGCACUUUUUUUUUUUACAUCCAAUACUGCAGACAACUCUUGAGCAAUGUGAGCAUGAAAUCACUUGAGAAACAGCAGGUUGAAAUUUGGUUGUGUGCUUAAAUUAGUUUAUAUGUGGUUACUACUUGUUGCAUAGCCUAAGCAAUAUUGUCAUAUAAGAGGUUUCAGUCUAUGUGACUUGGCCUCGAAUGGGUCAUUGUUCUGUUUGGUUUUUCUGCCUUGCACAACUGUGUGAUUUGGUUUUGCAAGGCUCAUGCUAACACCCCAUUUUCAGCAGCUCCAGGAAGCUAAAGGGAACCACACAAAGUUUGCAUGUAGCAAAGUUAAAAGGUCACCUAAAACACCAGCAAGGUGAUAAUAUUCUGUAUCUGCUGGACAUGUGAGUUUUUAAAAAAAAAAAAAUUUUAAGGACAUAAAACUGUACAUGUGCUUAAGUAACUCCUGCAGCUUUCAUGAUGGAUAAAGAACAAAAGCACUCCUUCCAAAGUCCUUUGCGAUACUUUUAUCAGAAACAGGACAGCUUUGAAUUUUCCAGUGAACUGUGUUUUACAAUCCGACACCACAACCACUGCUGCACGUUCAGUUGGUGCAACAGAAUCUGUUCACUGGAGCAUUUACAAAGUGGUAAUUGUAGAGAAUUAUAAACGAUGUUUGUGCCUAAUGUAUAUGUAACCACCGUUGUCCUCGUGCAUGUUGAAGCUUCUCCCAUUAAGAGUUAUGAACAGCAGAGCGGAAGAUGAUUCUAAUAACUGUGAAUUACUAAGACUGACACUGGCAUUUCAAUUGAUUGUGCAGAUUUUAUAUUGUUAUUAUAUAUUAUAGUAUAAAAAUGUUGUAUACUCAGGAAGUUUGUCAUGUACCUUUACUGAGGGUUGCAUGUAUUGUCAUUAGUUGAGGUCUGUUUAAAAUUACAGGACUUUAACAUAAAGAAAAAUCUGUCUGAAAUGUUUCCCAGCAUGGCUGUACAGUAAAUGGCAGAUUUUGUACUAGUGUCUUCUUUAUAGACCUGAUCAAUUCAUUGACAACACAUUGGGUUAAAUGUUAGCACUAAUUAUUUUUUUCAUGUAAUUUUAUUUUACUAUUCCCAAUAUAACCACAUACAGAAAAAUCAAGGCACUGAUCUUAGAAAUUAUACAAAUCUACACUGUAAUCAUUCAUCUUUACCUCAAUAAUUAAAUAUGAAACACGAGGAUUAUUCUGUAAAAUGAGCUCAUUAAUCUACGGCUGACCUGAGGUGGAGCACGUUUGAGUGAGUUUUAGCGCACAGAUCUUUACUGGCAGAUAAACAAGUUUUCUUUGACUGAAAUGAGUGCUUUUACUUGCAAUAUAUUCAUUAUUUAUCACUGAUUACCCUGUUUUAACUUAUGCUGUCAAAUUACUGAACACAUCUGCUGUACGCUGUAAUGAUGUAUCCACUGUAAAUGAAUGGUACUGCUUUGGGAAAUGAGACAGGCCAGAUAAAACCACUGUUAGCGUGAUAUUAUUUUAUACUGAAGAGAAUUGUCCUUUUAGUCUUGACUAGUCUCGACUCAGUUAUGUAACAGAAGUGUCAUAUUUAUUUAUACCAUAUUUUAA